UAGAAACUAAACUUCGAUAUAAACUAUCGAAGUUGAAUUGAAACUGCACAUUCGUAAUCCCAUUAUCAGGCAGUUUAGACUUGUAGUUCAUACAAUGCGAGCGAUCAUCAUUGGAAUGAUACUUUUCCUGGCAGCAGCAUGUGCCUAUCCGCAGGCGUUGUCUACCGAAGUGGACCAGGAAUCACCGGAAGAAAAUCCAGUCCCAAAAACAGUACCGAAAAUUUUCAACACUCCACCGGAUGUAGAAGUGAACUUCCAACCCAGCCUGGAAUCGAUUCGACCAGCGGAAAAUCAAGAGCCCCAGAAAGAAUACCUGGCUACCGCAGAAUCGGUUGCAUACUAUUUCUACUACCCGGGUGCCUACUAUUAUCCGCUGAGAUAUCGUUGGAAUCCAUACCAUUACUAUUGGUGGCUUUGAAAGUUCGAUCAUAUUUGGAGUUUCGUUCACCCAAAAGUUACACCCUUAGUACGGUUAGCAGAUCAAUUAAAUUAUGGAUUGGAAAAAUAUUGUUAUCUAUCUUCCUUAGCUGCUGAAAAUAAAGUUAAACCAAGAGUUAACGUAAUAAAGCUGAAAACUAGUAGUCAUUGAA